AUGGGCCGUCGAGGUGGCGGCGCUGCUCGCCGGCGCGAGCCGUACGCGAUUGGCGCCGCGGCGGAGCCGAUCCCCGAGAUUGAGGAGUAUGUGCCGCUCACCGACCCAAAGCACUUCUCGCGCCUCCUCUACGCGAACCCCGUCUCGAUCCUCACCACUGCCGACGACGGCCGGCGGCGGCACAACGCGAUGGUCGUCUCUUGGCUCACGCCCAUCAACAACCACGGCGUCUUCCUGAUGUCAAUCAACAAGCAGCGCUUCUCCGCGACGCUGCUCCUCCAGCGGCGGUCGUUUUGCCUCUCCGCGGCCAUUCACGGCAUGGAGUCGGUGCUGCUGGCCAUCGGCCGCUGCCACGGCCACUCGAUCGACAAGUUCGCCACCCUCGGUCUCGCAAAGGUGCCCUUCGCCGCGGGCAUCGCCGACGAGAGCGCUGGAGCCGGCGCGGGCGCGGCGGCCAAUGCGUUCUCCGCCCUCGGAAGCAGCAGCGGGAGCGGUGGCAGCGGCAGCGACGGCAACGGCGGUGAGGGCGCGGACGAGGGCGGAGAGGGUGCGCUGCCGCCGCUGCCCGACGUGGGCGUGGGCGGCGCGGCCGCCCUCAUGCUGUGCGAGGUGCUCUCAGUCGCCGACUCGGUCGAGUGCGGACCCGGCGACGCGGAGGCUGCGGACUCGUGCCACCACAUCGUCACCGCGCGCGUGACGAGCGCGCGCGUCAGCCGCGCGCACUGGAACGGCAGGCAGUUCUGCGCCGCGCGGGGAGGUGCCUCGUUCCUCGAAAGCCGGCCGGCGCUCUCGUUCCUCGGCUCGCAGACUUUUGCGUACGUGUGCGCCGGCCCCGGCGGCGGCGGAGAGGGCCCGGCCGCGGAGGAGGGGGCGGAGCAGAUACGACUUGACUCUUGA